AGACCUCCCUGGCCGCCACUGACCCCCAUCAUGGCAGACAGUCGUCAACCUGAAGACAGCCACCCCCAUUGGGACCCGUCGGGGGCACAGGACCCCUCUCCCCCCCCAGCCCACGGGGCUAACGGCUACCCCCCCUCCUACAGGGCGUGCCAACCAGGGACGGCCCAUGGAGCAGCACCYCCCUCCUACACCUCCAGAGAGAACGGCUUCAACGGAGACCAUGCAGUUACGGCUGAGCAAGUGUCUGCGCGAAUCGUGCAGGAGGUGACAGCAGAAGCAGUGGCAGUACUGAAGGGAGAACAGGAGACAAGACUACAGUCAGUUGAAGACACGGCAAACCUGCCCCCCUCUCCUCCUCCCUCACCUGCUGCUGAGCACUGCUUCAGACCCCUGGAGCAAGAUGUAGGGGAUGAGGAGAAGGAGGCCUGCCCUCUCCGCCGCUUCCAAAAUUCUCGGGAGAGGUGCAAGUUCCUCGCCCCCUCCAUCUCUGUGUCUGUGCCYGAGGAUGACCCCUACCACUCUGACGAGGAAUACUAUGAUCACCCCUUGUUCAGCCCUGAGUGGGAUCGCUCCGUCUCCUCUCGGCCCACAGUGCUGGCCGCUGCCUUUAGACAGAUCCAAGGUGAACCGCGCAUGGUUCCUCUACGUAACGCCAUUCUUCCUUCCUAUCGUCCCUUCUUCUAUCUUCCUCUUUCUCGGUUUUUACCCUGAUCCACCUUUUCUGUGGUUUGACCAACAACCUCCGUCUUACUGUCUGUGUGUUUGUGUCCCUGUGGUGUCAAUUAGCUCAAAUAAUCUGAUCUUUCAGGUUUUGAUUAUCUAGUUUGUUUUAAUUUCUAUUUAUUUCUCAAUCAAAGCCAUUUGUUCCCUUUAGUCAAUGUUGCCUCCGGAAGCCCCCCAUACCUUCUGAAAGUCAUCUGAUAAAUAUAAGCAUAAUUUAUCAAAGUGAUCCAAUAAAGAUAACUAAUCAAUAACUGUAUUGAUUCAUAAUUUGAAUACAAACUGGGCUGAGGAAAUUMUUAAACAUACAUGUGCAUACUUGCAAGGAUGCAUAUCAUGAAGUGUUCACAUGUUUAUGCAUACAGGUCAAACAACGUCAUAUGCAUAUCACGUAAAUAGAGUGGCAUGCAGGUCCAAAUGGCUUGCAGCAAUAUACAGUGGAUUGUUGAGCAUGAUCUAAGACUUGUUUCAUGCACGUUUUCCUCUCUGACUGUCCGUGUCAUCUUAAUGCUUCAUGCGUGUUGUGUGUCUGUCUGUCAUCUCUCCCUCAAAGACAAACUCAUCCCUGAUCCCUCCCAUCAGGCCCCUCCUCAUUCGUCCCACCACCGCCCUUACACACACACCCGUUGUAGAUCACUAUUCGAUCACAGAAAUCACAGGACGACUUUCAGCUCGACACUCAACACUCUGCAUAUAGACACACAAGCUCUUAAAGGACACACUUCACACACAUUCUCAAUACGCUCUCUCACAACUCUCAAAGGCUUAUAGUAUUAGUAAACAAAAACAUGUCCUUACUUAACACCUCAUCAGGGCUGUACUAGGCUGGAGGUUUAGCAGCCCUCCCCUCUCUUGUCUCCAGGAGACAGCUGGAAGUGUUACAGUAUACGGCAUCAGUCUUCCUCUCUGUCUCCUCUCUGUCUCCAGGAGACAGCUGGAAGUGUUACAGUAUACGGCAUCAGUCUUCCUCUCUGUCUCUCCCUGGGCAGAGAGAUCCCCUGAAGCUACAUAUGUAGGAUCUUAAUUUGAUCACCUUGCAAUGCAGGAAAUGUAAAAUAUGUA